UCCCACGUCCCGCAGCCGUGUCGCCGCGCGCCCUCCCCUCGGGGCGGUCCCGCUCGGGGCUCGGCGCGGCUAGACGAGGGCCGGAGCCCGGCGGCGGCCCGAGGCCCGAGAUGGUGAUCUGCUGCGCGGCCGCGAACUGCUCCAACCGGCAGGGCAAGGGGGAGAAGCGCGCCGUCUCUUUCCACAGAUUCCCCCUAAAGGACUCAAAGCGGCUGAUGCAGUGGCUGAAGGCUGUUCAGAGGGAUAACUGGACCCCCACCAAGUACUCUUUCCUCUGCAGUGAGCACUUCACCAAAGACAGCUUCUCCAAGAGACUGGAGGACCAGCACCGCCUGCUCAAGCCCACGGCCGUGCCGUCCAUCUUCCACCUGGCGGAGAAGAAAAGGGGGGCUGCAGGCCAUGGCCGCCCCCGGAGAAGGGACACCGGGAGGGCCUCGGCGGGUCUGAGGGCACAGGCGAGUGGCACCGCGGCAGGGAAGGCAGCUGCAGGGGCGCCGUCGUCCUCAAGCGCAAGCCCAAUGGCCAAGCCAGAGCCCCGCAGGCUGAAGCGGGCCGUACCGCAGGGCCGAACCGCCGCCAGGGUCGCCCGGGAGACCGCCGGUCAGGAGUGGGCGCGGCAGCCUCCGGAAGGACGCGCGGAGGACGGUCCGGCCUCCGCCGCCACCUCCAGCAGCCAGGGAGAAGCCGGCACAGGGGCCGUGGAUGCUGGCGACGAGGGCGCCAACCCCACCGACGGCGGCCUGGUGGACAGGAGCGGCGUUUCCGCGGACGACUUCACGCCCCCGGGCUCCGGGGCCUGCAAGUUCAUCGGCUCGCUUCACUCCUAUAGCUUUUCCUCCAAGCAUGCCCGAGAGAAGCCGGCCGUCCCCCGGGAGCCUGUGGAGCGGAAGCGGCUGAGGAGAGACGCCGAGCCUGGCCACAGCGGGAGCAGCCCCGGGCCCGAGAAGGGGCCGGCGCAGAGCCCUCCGCGCGCCUGCCCCUCCGCGAGCUCGUCGCUCACGGCCACACCGCAGAAGCCAGCCCAGGGCGCCUCGGCGCCUCCCACCGACGUGACCCCGAAGCCGGCGGCCGAGGCCGUCCAGAGCGAGCACAGCGACGCCAGCCCCAUGUCCAUCAACGAGGUCAUCCUGUCGGCGUCGGGCGCCUGCAAGCUCAUCGACUCACUGCACUCCUACUGCUUCUCCUCCCGCCAGAGCAAGAGCCAAGUGUGCUGCCUGCGGGAGCAGGUGGAGAAGAAGAACGGCGAGCUGCGGACCCUGCGCCAGAGGGUCAGCCGCUCGGACAGCCAGGUGCGCGAGCUGCGCCAGAAGCUGGACCAGCUGCGGAGGCUGAGCCUGCCUCACCUGAGCAGCCUGCUGCCCCCUGGCCGCGGAGCCAAGAUGCUUCCAGAGCACAUGCGUCCCCGAGGUGUGUGUACGCCUGAGAGGUGCUUCCGGAGCACACGCGUCCCUGAGGUGUGUACGCCGAGAGGUGCUUCUGGAGCACGCGCAUCCCCGAGAGCCCCCCAGGAUGAGCCCCGUGGUAGAGCCGCUGUCCUGGAUGCUGGGCACCUGGCUAUCAGAGCCGCCGGGAGCCGGGACCUUCCCGACGCUGCAGCCCUUCCGGUACCUGGAGGAGGCUCACAUCUCGCACGUGGGCCAGCCCAUGCUCAACUUCUCGUUCAGCGCCUUCCACCCGGACACGCGCAAGCCCAUGCACCGGGAGUGCGGCUUCAUCCGCCUGCAGCCGGACACCAACAAGGUGGCCUUCGUCAGCGCCCAGAACACAGGCAUCGUGGAGGUGGAGGAAGGCGAGGUGAACGGGCAGGAGCUGUGCAUCGCGUCCCACUCCAUCGCCAGGAUCUCCUUUGCCAAGGAGCCCCACGUGGAGCAGAUUACCCGAAAAUUCAGGCUGAAUUCCGAAGGCAAACUUGAACAGACAGUCUCCAUGGCAACCACUACGCAGCCCUUGACUCAACACCUGCACGUCACAUACAAGAAGGUGACCCCGUGACCCCGGGUGGAGCUGCCUGCCUGGGGACGCUGCACUGCAGGCGUGGGCGUGGCCACAGGUCGGGCACCGUGGGUCGAGGGUGUGGCCUCGGCUCCUGUAAUGACGUAGAGAAACCAAAUAAAAGGCCUUUAUUUUUA